GCCGGGAGGGGGCUACCCGCUCAGGCCGCGCGCCCACCCACCCCAUCACCGCUGCCGACGCCCGGCCAGGAGGAUGUGCGGUGCCGGGCUCUAAAGCAUGGAGGGGGUUCUGUACAAGUGGACCAACUAUCUCACAGGUUGGCAGCCUCGUUGGUUUGUUUUAGAUAAUGGAAUCCUGUCUUAUUAUGAUUCCCAAGAUGAUGUUUGCAAAGGGAGCAAAGGAAGCAUUAAGAUGGCAGUUUGUGAAAUUAAAGUUCAUUCAGCAGACAACACAAGAAUGGAACUAAUCAUUCCAGGAGAGCAGCAUUUCUACAUGAAAGCCGUGAAUGCCGCUGAAAGGCAAAGGUGGCUCGUUGCUCUGGGGAGCUCCAAAGCCUGUUUGACUGAUACUCGGACUAAAAAAGAAAAAGAAAUAAGUGAAACCAGUGAAUCCCUGAAAACCAAAAUGUCUGAACUUCGCCUCUACUGUGACCUCCUAAUGCAGCAAGUUCACACAAUCCAAGAAUUUGUUCAUCAUGAUGAAACUCAUUCCUCUCCCAGCAUAGAGAGCAUGAAUGAAGCUUCUUCUCUGCUUAGUGCCACAUGUAACACAUUCAUCACAACGUUGGAAGAGUGUGUGAAGAUUGCCAAUGCCAAGUUUAACCCUGAGAUGUUUCAGCUCGCCCAUCCAGACCCCUUAGUCUCUCCUGUAUCACCAUCUCCUGUUCAGAUGAUGAAACGUUCUGUCAGCCACCCUGGCUCUUGCAGUUCUGAGAGGACUAGUCACUCUGCAAAAGAACCAGUGUCCGCACUUCAUCGACUUGCACAGCGGCGCCGAAGAACCUACUCAGAUACAGACACUUGUAAUGAUAUUCCUCUUGAAGAUCCAGAGAGAACUGUUCACUGUUCAAGAAAUACUCUUAAUGGAGAUUUGGCAUCAGCAGCCAUUCCAGAAGAAAGCAGACUAAUGGCCAAAAAGAAAUCAGAAUCAGAAGAUCCUCUUCCAUCCUUCUCUUCCUAAGGAAAUAGAAGUGUCCAACUUCCUCAGAGUAUUGCUAUGCAAAAGCUGCUGUGAUUAAACUGUUAUAGGGAGUAGUUUCCCUUAGGAUUUCUCUGCACUUUAUAGAAUAUUGUAAAGCAAAAAGAAGAACAGUCCACAUACCUUUGAAGUGUAUUUUAUCUUUAUAUAGUUUAUUUGCAAGAGUAUUUUCCUAAUAACUUCACAGUGUGAAAGUGCUUCUGUUUUAUCUUUCUUUCUUUCUUUUAAGAUGAUAUAACAUUUUGACAUCCCAUCCAUAAGGAACAGAUGUAGAUAUUUUUCUAAAAAAAAUCUGAGAGACUGACAACUUUGUCAGUAUGUAUUGUGGCUUAGAAACAUGAAAUCUUAUAAAUAAGGUUUCAGUUUGGCAGAAGUCUGAUGUCUGUGAUUUGUGCCAUGGACCUAAUGGUCACUUUGCUCCAGCAAAAAUUGAAUCAAAAGAGCAACUUGGAGGUGAUUGUAUUGUAUUCCUUUAAGCAAAGAGGAAACACUUCAUUGUUUCAAUCAUUUAUAGCCCAAACGCCAUCACAAAUUUGAGGGCUUGUUUUUAUUUGUUUAUUUGUUUCUUCAAAACAAAAGAAGACAAAAACCAAACUGUCCUUCAUAUGUGAAGUUGACACUACUGAUUUAUCAAUACCAAAUGCUGAGUUCAAGUAUUUAGUUUGUAUUUAUUUAUAAUUGUUCAGCCUGAAGUGGAUUGUAUUCUAACUUUAAUGACCUUCUAAAUUUAAGAUAUGUAGUACACCAUAGUUUGCAUUAUUUUAGAGAAGAGGUGUGUGGUGACUGCACUCACAUCUGAGAAUUAUGAACUUUCAGUGAAAGAGAAGUUUAUGCUUUUUUACCCCCUAAAACAGACAUUAAGCUGCUCUUGUAAAGUAUUACUCUUUGCAGCCUUUUAGAUUAUCUGACAUUUUUAAUUUAUGGCUAUACAAAAAAAAAAAAAAAAAAGAAAAAAGAAAAAAAAAAGAUCCUGUCAAGGCAACUACUCUACAUCACUUGAGAAUGCAUUACAUUUUAUGAAGGAACCAAUCCUGUUUUUGGUAGUGUCUGUCCAUACCUUUUUGCCAGUGUUUGCCUUGUAAACGUUUUUGGUUAUUGUUCUUUUUUGAUAUGUAAGUAUGAGUGACAGUUUUGUCCAAGGUCUUGGAUGAGGAGCACUUUAAAGCAAACUGGUCUGGUAUUUUUAAAUGAAUCAUAUGUUUAACAAAUAUAUGGUUUUCUUGCAUUUAAAUUCAGCACAUAAUGUAUUUUUUACAUCUCUUGAUAUUCUGUCUAGUCUUAUGAAGUGUUAAUAGUAUCCUUAUUACCUUGAUUUUGUUUGUAUAUUUGGGACUCCUAAUGAAUAUACAAAUGAGGCAUACUUUAGUUUUUGCCUACAAGCUCAGAAUUGUAUCGUCUGUUUCACUUCACAUGUGGAGAAUUUUUUUAGUUAAUAAUCGGUAUUUAUUUUACUAAGAUUUAUAAUCCUGAGUUGAAAAUGGCUGUAAACCAUUUAUAUACAUUAAUGUGUAUUUGGAUAAACUGCUUCCUUCUUAAAAAUUGUGAUUUUUGUUUCAUGUUAUUUCAAUUUUGUGGUGCCAGGGAUUGAACCCAGGGACCUCACACAUGUUUCCACAUGCCAGGCAUGUGAUAUCAAGCCUCAUCCCCAAUCCUAUAAAUUAUCUGUAAUUUUUUAAUAGCACAUGUUAUUAGACUAGAAGAAAUGGAAUCUUUUUUUCUGUUCAUAUGCUGUACAUUGUGUGUCUAAUUUGGAAAAAUGAAUUAAUGUAGUAAUUUCACAAUGAGCAAAUUCAUAGUUUUGGCUUUUUAGAAUUUCAUUUUCUUUAUAGUGGGAACUUGAACCAUGAAUAGACCAUGGAGCUCAAGGUGCUACUGGUAGGGAAUUUUCCUGGUAGUUAUUUUUGAACCGAUAGGUUUGUAAUGAAAAAACCUUUAUAGGAAAUAAAUCCAUUUUUCAUUGCUUUAUCAAAAAAGAUGAGUUCAUGAACAGUUUUUUUGUAAAAAUUUUUAAAAAAAAAAUAAAUGCAAUUAUUUCUGGUCCGGA